CAGCCUCGGUGCUGCGCCUGCUGCUGCUUCUGUUACUGCGGCUGUGUGGUCUGUCAUGAGUUGAAAAGGGAUGUGAGGGUUUAGAGGAACUGCCGCUCUGAAAACUGAGCCUCUGCUAAGUGAUCUUCCUGCCAGACAGACUGGACAAGAUUUCUUCUGUACGAUUGGAAACUUGGACCUAUUAGCACUUCAUCUACCCAGAGAAGCAGGCAGCGUGACAGAGUGAAGAGGGGAAAGAACACCUGCAAAAAUAAACAAAACGGUGAAGGCUGGAAAGAUGUUUUAAAGAGUCUCUGCGUCAGAGAAGCUUCAAGCCACUGAAGAUGGAGAACGACACUGUCAGUGAACUGAACCAAACCGAGCUCCAGCCAAAAGCAGCUGUGGCCCUCGAGUAUCAGGUGGUCACCAUCUCACUUGUGGUCGUUAUUUGUGGACUGGGCAUUGUGGGCAACAUCAUGGUAGUCUUGGUGGUCAUGAGAACGAAGCACAUGAGAACCCCUACAAACUGCUACCUGGUGAGUCUGGCUGUGGCGGAUCUCAUGGUUCUGGUGGCUGCAGGCCUCCCCAACAUAACCGACAGCAUCUAUGGUUCCUGGGUCUAUGGCUAUGUUGGCUGCCUCUGCAUUACAUAUCUCCAGUACUUAGGAAUCAAUGCAUCUUCAUGUUCGAUAACAGCCUUUACCAUUGAGCGGUACAUAGCAAUCUGUCACCCUAUCAAAGCGCAGUUUCUCUGCACAUUUUCCAGAGCCAAAAAAAUCAUUAUCUUUGUCUGGGCCUUCACAUCCAUUUACUGCAUGCUCUGGUUCUUUCUGUUGGAUCUCAAUAUCAGCACCUACAAAGAUGCUAUUGUGGUGUCCUGUGGCUAUAAGAUCUCCAGGAACUACUACUCACCUAUUUACCUAAUGGACUUUGGUGUCUUUUACGUCGUGCCAAUGAUCCUAGCCACUGUGCUUUAUGGAUUUAUAGCUAGAAUCCUCUUCUUAAACCCUAUUCCUUCAGACCCUAAAGAGAACUCUAAGAUGUGGAAAAAUGACUCAGUCCCUCAGAACAAAAAUGUGAGUGUAAAUGCCGCCAACCGAUGUUUCAACAGCACUGUAUCUUCCAGGAAGCAGGUCACCAAGAUGCUCGCAGUGGUUGUAAUUCUGUUUGCCCUUUUAUGGAUGCCCUACAGGACUCUUGUGGUUGUCAACUCAUUUCUCUCCAGCCCUUUCCAGGAAAAUUGGUUCUUGCUCUUUUGCAGAAUUUGCAUUUAUCUCAACAGUGCCAUCAACCCAGUGAUUUACAACCUCAUGUCUCAGAAAUUUCGUGCAGCCUUCAGGAAGCUCUGCAACUGUAAGCAGAAGCCCACAGAGAAAGCUGCUAACUACAGCAUGGCCCUAAAUUACAGUGUCAUCAAGGAGGCAGACCGCUUCAGCACAGAGCUAGAUGACAUCACCGUCACCGACACGUAUGCGUCAACCACAAAAGUGUCAUUUGAUGACACCCGCUUGGCCUCUGAGAACUAAAGAAGGCCGUAAAGAACCCUGAAAUGUUCUCCAUGCGUGUUUAUUUCAUAAUUAUGAUCUCAAAUAAUCAAGCAACAGAUGUCACCAGGCAAGUUCCAUGCUGAGAAGCAGUUCACUAUUAAGAUUUUCAGCAACUUAUGGACUACAUCAAGUGACAAAUUCAAUCUGUGGCAUUCUUAAUUCAAAUAAUCUUCUUUGACAAGAGUGAUCAUGGAUGUUUGUGUUCAAUGCUGUCAUGUCAAAAGUAUGUAAAUAGUAUUCUUUUAUACCAAGCAAAUUUGUGCUAACCAAAUAGAAUAUGUUUAAUUCAUAUUUUAAGAACUAUAUUUUGAAAAUUGAAAAUGGCUGGAACAUGUAAUAGCAGUUAAGAUGAUAUAUUGUAUAAAACUGUAUGUAGCAAGACAAGAAUUUAGUGGCCAAUAAACCACAUAGUCACAUAGUGACUGUAAGUCUUGAUGGAAGUUCAUACUAUAGACUCCCAACUGGAAUAAUGAAAAUGUAAGCAUAUUGAAAGUUAUGCUAAGAGAAUGGCAUAAUUGGUACCAUUGGCUAGCAUUAUUGAAAGCCUGUAAGUGACUCUUUCUUUAUACAAAACUGGACCCAGUUCUUAUGCAUAUGGCUAUGCUUUGAGUGCCAAACAGGAGCAAAAAUGAACUUCCUCAAGAAUAUCUUGGACUGGUAUUAAUAAAGUGAAAUCUUUCAAAACAUUCAAUAUGAUUCAGAAUAGGAUAUUUUGAACUGACCAAAGGUCUUCAUUCAGAACUCAGUAAGAACAUUGUGAUACCGAAAUGGUACAGGAUGAUAUAAUAAGGAAGGAAACAUUUAAUCCUUAGCCAUGCAGACAAGCCACUCCUGUUUUGAUAUAUAUAUAUAAAUUACUGGCAUGUUUUUUCUUAAUAAGUCCCUCUGUCUCAAAAAAUUGUCAUUUGCUGGAUGACCCUGAACAUAUCCUGAAAACCAAUUCAUUCUGAGCCUUCACAUAUAUGCUUCAAGACCCUUGAAUACCAAAUGACUACAAAUAGGCAAAUAAACAGAAAACCCCAUGUAGGACAAGUUCAUUUCAUGUUUGUAUCCCGCAAAUUAAACUAAAAUAAUGAGCUUGACUUUCUGUUGAAUGAAUGAAUGAAUGAAUGAAUGAAUAAGUAAACUGAUUAAUUUCUUAACUAAGAAAUAUAGCCUAAAAUCUUUGUGAUGUCUUAUUUUCCCAUAGAUUUCUUUACAACUAAAGAACUCUGUUUUCAUAAUCUUCAACCAUUCUACUGGCUCAUUAAAAUGUACUAUAUUGUGUCAGAUGGUGGUUACAACCAUCCCUGUGUAUAUACUGUGAGUGCAAAGUUCAGUAGUACUCUCACAUCUCUCACCUAAUUUAAUAAUGAUCAAGAUUGUUACAUGUAUGUUUAGAAAAUCACAACAUAUUAUCACUGGCAUGUGAAUAAAAUAAGCAGAGGACAUGGUAGAAAGAAGUUGUAUGAUUUCAGACUACAGACAUUAGAAUUCCUCAUAGGGUAAAGAAUAUCAGGGGGUGCUAGAGUAAUUAGAACAACCUCUAAUAUUGGGAAUUUUGAAUUUCUUUUAAGGAUAGACUUGGCAUAGAAAGUUAGGAAAAGGCAACUGAUGUAAGAAAAGAGAGGUAAGGAAGUACAGGGUGAAGAGAAACAACUCCAGGCAUUGUGGAUAUAUGCCCAAUACAGUGUCAUUCAUCAGGGAUUGAGUAAGGCAAGCAACUAGGAGAAAGGAAAGGAAGGUAAAGCACUUGCUAAUGCUUUUAUUUGAUGGGGAAAUAUUCAUCCAGACACAGUAAAUAGAUGUGCAUAUUAACGAGCUUUCAUGUACUUUCUAAACAUUGUGAAUUUUAUUAUCUACAAAAAUAUAGUAUACUAUUUGGCUCCUAAGUAUAAUCCUGUAAGUAUCCUAAAGUCAUAAUUUUCCCAGUAAGAACUAUACUCUGUAUGUAUAUAUCCUUUCUAUAUUACAUUGUCAUCAUAUGUGGGGUAUAUUUAUUUAUGUAUAUAUGAUUCAUAGGUCCAUAACAGCCAAGAAGUUAUCCAGUUAUGCUAACCAUAGAGAUCCAAGCUAGCUCAAAGGCCCUUCAUAAGCCUAAGAAUACAUGUUAAAUGUGAAUCUGAUAAGCACUGAAUAGCUUCUAAGUCCCUCUACCUGUUGACUUGCAUGUUGCUUAUACCGUGCUCCUGAAUAACUGGUUUCUUAUAACAUGCCUCUGAAUGUUUUGGUUUCCUUCUACCAGUUGUAGAGAGCUGUAUGCUGACUCAUCUCAUUGCUUGGAGAUUAACCAUUGUGUCCAUGUGGACAACGAAUUUCUUUAGGAAGGUGCAGUAUUAUGUGUUUUCUCUGCAGUGGGAAACUAUUUCUGUAUGUGUAUGUAUGAGCAAUAAAGUAUCAAACUGAAAGAUCCA